CGGGAGUCGCGUGCUCUGCCGGUGGUAAUGCAAGGGUCGAGAAGGGGAGCGCCGUGAAGUUGGCCGGUGGUGCGGGCAUGAUCAUGGCGAACACCGCCGAGAGUGGAGAAGAACUCCUUGCGGACUCUCACCUCAUUCCUGCAACGAUGGUCGGAGAAACCGUAGGUAACAAGAUCCGGAAGUACAUUGCGUCCGACCUGUCUCCCACCGCCAACAUCGUUUUCCGAGGGACGGUCAUCGGGCCUGACCCGGCAUCACCGAAGGUCGCUGCAUUCUCGAGCCGAGGCCCGUACCUCCACGCGCCGGAGAUCAUCAAGCCGGACGUUAUCGCCCCCGGUGUCAAUAUCUUGGCGGCAUGGAGCAACGAGAGCGCUCCUACCGAUCUCGAGAUUGAUCCGAGGCGUGUUGAAUUCAACAUUAUCUCCGGAACUUCAAUGGCGUGCCCGCACGUCAGCGGGCUUGCUGCGCUGCUCAAGAAGGCACACCCGGACUGGAGUCCGGCUGUGAUCAAGUCAGCGUUGAUGACUACAGCCUACAAUGUCGAUAAUUCCGGUGACACCAUAAGAGAUCUGGCCACUGGAGACGAGUCCAACCCUUUUGCUCGAGGAUCUGGUCACGUCGAUCCCAAUAAAGCGCUCGAUCCUGGUCUAGUCUACGAUCUUCAAACCGUCGACUACAUUGCGUUCCUCUGCUCGGUCGGGUACUCUCCACAGCAGAUCGCCAUUGUUGCUAGAGACGGAACAACUGUAAAUUGCUCGGCGAUUAACAAGAAAUUGGCGAGCGCAGGAGGCCUCAACUAUCCUUCCUUCUCUGUUGUUUUCUCGUCCGAUAACGAUAUUGUGACCUAUAAUCGAGAGGUGAAGAACGUCGGAAGCGGACCAGCGACGUACGAAGUUGAAGUAUCUAGCCCUGAGGGGGUGAAUGUAACAGUGAGACCGAGUAAGCUCGUGUUCGAUUCUCCAGGACAGAGCUUAUCGUACGAGAUUGCAUUUGUUUCGAUUUCGAGAUCGAAGGCUGAUGAUUUUGUGUUUGGAUCAAUCUCAUGGAGUGAUGGAGUUCAUGAGGUGAGAAGUCCGGUUGCUGUUGGCUGGAGCUUGAAGCUUUCGGCCUCAAUUUGAGAUGAUUGAGGGUCGAGCUAUGAAUAGGGCGGUUCAUGAGAGAAUAAUCGAAUUAGGAUUCAGUCUUUGUAUUAUGAGAAGAUCUCUUACGUAUCCUUUGUUGAUUAAGGGGUUUGUUGAUAUUGUAUUCGAGCUUGAGAUGUUCGAGGAUUCUAGCCCUUUUAUACGUCUUGAUUAUAUUCAUACUCUCUUUUA